ACUUUCUCAUGGGAAAAACUAGCCAUACAAAACUGCCUCAUUCCUCCUCCCCUCCCCUCCGCUGCAAUCGCCUCACCGCGCGCUCCCCUCAUCGCUCGCCACAACGUCUUCCAUGACCUCCACCACUACGCAAUCGGGGUUGCGGCCACGAUCGCGGUCAUGGUCCGACGUCGCAUUGUCUAUGUCGUCAUCAUUCUCAUCCUCGUCCUCGUCGCCGACGCCCUUGGAGCGGGAGCCACCCCGCUCCCCAACCCCACCGGCUGCACCGCUAGUGGGGGCGCUCAUCGAAUCGCUCUCGUUUCGCGGAUGCGGUUUUGGCCGUGCUGCCACGUCCGCAUUUGAGAAGGAGGAUCUCAAGGCGCGAGCCGCAUUUCCGCAGCGCCUCCGUACUGCCGUGCAUGCCGCGAUGCGCGCUAGGGAUCCUACUGCAGGGGCAUUCGCGCUUGUUGAUCGUGACAAUGAUGGAGAGGGGCAUGGCACGGGCAAUCCAUGGUUCGACAGCGCAGUGCACGACGACGCGCCCGAGUCACCGCUCGUUGCUUUCGUCAACCCGCGCAGUGGCGGCCGCCUCGGCCCUGUCCUUAAGACCCGCCUCCAGGAGCUCAUCGGCGAAGACCAGGUUUUUGAUCUUACUAUUGUGAAGCCUUCUGACUUUGUGGAAUAUGCUCUGGCUUGUUUGGAACAACUUGCUGACUCUGGUGAUCACAGUGCGAGGUUUGUUCGCCAUAAUCUACGAGUCAUGGUUGCAGGAGGCGAUGGUACAAUAGGUUGGGUGUUGGGAUGUUUAGGAGAGCUAUACAUUCAGAACAGAGAGCCUGUACCUCCAGUUGCUGUAAUACCACUCGGAACAGGAAAUGAUCUCUCCAGGAGUUUUGGAUGGGGUGCUUCAUUUUCUUUCUCAUGGAAAGCAGCUGCUAAACGAUCUCUUUACAAGGCUAUUUUUGGCUCAGUUUCUUGUUUAGACAGUUGGCAAGUUGUUGUUUCUAUGCCUGAACACGGAGAAGAAGAAAAGGAACAUUUAGACCUCCCUCACUCACUUAGGCGUCUUGGAGAGUGUACAUUUUAUGAUGAUGGCACUGCUAAGGGAGAGUUGCCUGAAACAGUUUAUUGCUUUGAUGGUGUCUUCUAUAAUUACUUCAGCAUAGGAAUGGAUGCUCAAGUGGCUUAUGGGUUUCACCAAUUACGUGAUGAAAAGCCAUUUCUUGCAAGUGGACCUUUAUCCAAUAAGUUGAUUUACGCAGGAUAUACCUGCAAGCAAGGAUGGUUCUUUACGCAAUGUAUUAGUGAUCCUGAGUUAAGGGGAUUGAGGAACAUUAUCUGUUUAUCAAUCAAGAGGAUGGACAGCUCUGAGUGGGAGAACAUUCCUGUCCCAUCGAGUGUGAGGGCAAUCGUUGCAUUAAAUCUUCACAAUUAUGCAAGUGGAAGAAACCCUUGGGGAAAUUUGAAGCCUGAAUAUUUGGAGAAAAGAGGAUUUGUUGAAGCCCAAUCAGAUGAUGGUCUUCUUGAGAUAUUUGGACUGAAGCAAGGGUGGCAUGCAUCUCUCGUGAUGGUUGAACUUAUAUCUGCCAAGCACAUAGCUCAGGCAGCGGCAAUACGGAUAGAGAUCAAAGGUGGGUAUUGGCACGACGCGUUCAUGCAAAUGGACGGGGAGCCAUGGAAGCAACCACUUAGCUCCGAGUAUUCAACAUUUGUGGACAUCAAGAAGGUGCCUUACCCCUCACUAAUCAUCAAUGGUGGAGACCGUUAGCUGGAAACCAUAUUUGUGGCAUGCAUGACCUAGGCGGAUCGGAGCGGCCAAGAAAAUAUUUUCAGCUUCCAGCUUGAUGAACUGCAGGCACAGCACAACCUUUUUAUCGCGGUUGCAUGCAGCUCUAACUGUAUAUUGAGUUGAGCUUGUGCGUGGAACAACGUAAUGCAAUGGUGUCUCCACUGUCCCUUGAUCGCAAUUCUAUUUGAAAUUCAGUACAUUGCAACUAUCUGAUGCAUACUUGCAAAUUUGAGGAUUGUAGUGAUUAGUAUCAGAUGCAAGA